AUGGAACAACUUCUGCGUCGAGAGCUCAAAACAUGGCAGAAGGCGUUCAAAGCACAACACGGUCGUGAUCCCACCAAACGUGACAUCCUGGCCGACGCGGCUAUCGCGGGAACAUACGAUACAUGGCAGGCUGUAGGAGGUGAUGCAAAGGCAAAGUGCAAGCCAGUGUCGUCGGGACGCUCGAGUACAGCUUCGAGCUCGAAGCAGAGGCUGACAGAGGGGGACAGGCAAGAUGUGUUCAAGACGCCUUCAAAGCGACGAUCAUCUGUCAGGGCUGAUGCAGUGAACGGGACGUCGUCGAGAACGCCUUUGAGAACACCGACAAAGUCAUCGGCGAUAGCAGCAGCGACCACACCUGGGAAGAGUCGAAACCCCUUCGCUUCGCCUUCUAAGGGCACGCCGCCAGAUACGGUCAGUCCGGCAAGAUCGCUGAUUGAGGUCGAAAUCACCCCAACCAGACGGUCACCGCUGCUCGAUACACUGUCGCGCCGCAGCCAAUUCACUCCUACCAAGUCUCCAUGCCACCGCCAGCAAUUCAUCGCUUCGUCUCCGUCCAAACUACGCACGACACUAGAGGCGUCGGUCGUGCUGCGACGUACCCCGACCAAGACGGCUCGAACGCGGGCAGACAAUGAUGAUGCAGCAUUGAACGCUGCUCUGGUCGCCUACACACCGCGAACCAAAGCGAGGAAGCGGCUGCGUGGCGAAGAUGUGCCGCCCACACCUGUUGCUGCGAGACGAGUCGUGUCCGGCAGCAGCGUGGGUGCGACAAGAACCGAUCCGAGGCGCAUCCAGAGACGCUUGGGCGUGUUCGGGUUUGGGAGCAACCGCAAAGUGCAGGAAAACAGGAGCGUUACGAUGCCCAGCUCUGCUUCAGUUUUCAGUCGUGCACGCAGCAUCGUACCAGGUAAUGACCAAGACGUCGACUUGCGAAAUGAAUCGCCCAGCAGAGUGGUGCGCUCACUUGGUCGAGCUUCGUCUUCCGCGAAGGGGUUUCGACCGCUCUUUGCUUCGCCUUCUGGAAACCAUGCGCCGCAGAAUGUGCUGGAUAUCGCACCUCGUGCCGCCGCAGCCGUCGGGAAACGGAACGUGGAUCAGCAGCUGGAGGAUGACGCAGACGCGAUUAUGGACGACGAUAGUGCGUCACCGGUGGGAGGACUUUUCGCUGCACAAGUUGCACAACGUCGACGUGCACGCGAUUCCGCUUCACCUUGCAAACCAAUGAUGGGUGCAGCCUUGAUCAAGAAGCAUAAGGUUCGUGCGGCGAUACAGCUGCCCUCGUCGAGCGAUAUGGAUGACGACGAGGAAGAUUUGCCGCCAAACGCAACGUACGCCUCUUCGAGUCCUACUCCGUACCACCGUGGCGUUGAUGCAUCGUCGUCGCCGCAUACCGAGGUGACUGUGCCCAGCAGCACAAUUCGAGCCUCCACAGAUCGCUCGUAUCUGUCGAAGCAAAAAGCUGUGGAGACGCCGAUCAGCGGUCCGUCGCGCAUGCUCAUCGCAGCAAGCGCAACACCGCCUGCCGAUGUGGUUGGUGAAGCGGAGCAGUGGAGGAAAGUGCAGCAAGUCGAGCUAUCCGAUGAAGACGAGCCUGCAUCACAAAACGGUAUCAAGUCCGCCGUGAAGAAAGUCAUCUCAAUCACACCCUACCAGCGCUACGGAACGCUGCGCACCGCUUCGUCGCGCUUCACUGCAGAUGCGGAAUUCGACCAAGAUGAAUCGAUCUACACACUUCCCACGUCCACAACAAAGGGUGAGAUGUAUGCAGUUGACCAAAUCCACGACAGCAGUGACUCGGAUAGCACUGAUGCACAUACAUCCUUGGCCGGACUCAAACUAUCGCCCGUCCGCCACGCACCGAGCACCCGAGCCAAUCGAGCCCAACGCCACCACCUGCUCAACAGCAUCUUCGACCCAACUGCCAAACGGAAGCUCAAAACAACUUUCAACCCGGAAGCCCGCUUCGGCCCCCUUGAACCCUCAGCCUCCACACCCGCGUUCGACAGCGACGACGACCUCGACCACCAACACGACCACCACUCGCAUACAAACCCAAAUCCACCCAUUGCAUCUACUCUGGACGACGACAAUGACGACGACGAUUGGCAGCAAGAAGUCGAUCAAGACUUUACCUUCCUCGACUUAGAGAUCGAGCUUCAGGAUGUUGCCUGA